GAUCAUUGGCCAUUUGAAAUAUAGAGCCUGAUUGUGGAAGAAUGUUUCUAUCGUACUUCUUAGUAUUGUAUACAAGUGUAUGGAAUAUUACACACGCAACGACUGACACAUCAUCAAAAGUUUUGAUAGAUGUACAAGAAGAACGAUUGGUAUUUGGUCAAACAGUUGAGUUAGUUUGUCAUCUGCAAGGCUCUUUACAUCUAGAGGAUGGAAGCAGUCGACAGUGGUCAGGAGGUGCUUUCAACAAAGUUCUUAGUUUGAACGGAUAUUCUUCUGAUAUCAGCAAGUAUCAAGAAAUUAUAAAAACUAACACAGAAUUUCGUCUCCGAGUGUUAAAUUUCAAUGAAUCCGACGCCAACCAAUAUUAUAAGUGUGUGUAUGGAUUCAAAUUUAAUGAGACUAAGUUAGAUCUAACGAAGAAACUGUAUGAAUAUAUACCUAGUGAAAGUGAAAUUGACACGCAGUUUAUAGUAAACAACGAAAGUGAAAUUGUGAGAACGUAUGUAAGAUUUCAGAAAAUGUAUCCAGUACCUCAGUGUGUUGUAUAUUCAGAUAAAUCUUCGGUAAACAUGACAAUUGAAAGUAAGACAAUCAUUGGUUUGUUUCUAAAUGUUUCACUCAAUUCUGAAAUGAAGUCAGCAGAAUGUUGCGGAAGAGAAAUCACAAUAAAAUGUUUAGUAGGAACACGUGUCAUAAUAAGAAGAACAAUGAAGAUUCCGGAAUGUGGCGACCGGAAUGAGCUAGUCACGCUGCCAGAUAUAACAGUGAUUGUUUUACCAACCGUGUCCAUAUUAUUGGUCUGUUUAGUUAGUUUGGUACUGGUUUACAAAAUAAAACACAAGUCUGAUUAUUCGAAAUCUCGUACAAACGAAUGCUGAAAAAUCGUACGCAAGCAAUUCCAUGCAGCACAGUUCUUCCAGCAGUGAUCAACUACUACGCAUGGUCGGAGCAUAAUCGGCGAAGAAUGAGUAAUUAUGAAACACAAUAUAGAAACUCCCAGCUGUUAACACAAGAUACGAGGAAGCACGAAAACAGACCCUGUGAAUGUCUCUCUCAUUCAAUACAUAAUAAUGUAGCCCUAGAAACUUUUAAAUUGUAAAAACAAUGAUGGCCCCUGUUCAUGCACCACGAGACUACAUGAUUUAAUAGAGCUACUGAUGAUAGUAUCGAAAUUUUAGUAUGAUGUAUCUUAUACAUAACAUGUGAUCUUUGAUGUGCGUAUUGUCAUAUUCUUAAUUAAUACACAUAUGACAAAAGGAGAUGUAAGGUUAAAGUCAAUUAUAGAUAGCAACCAAACGACACAAAUAGCCACAGUACAUACAGUACAUACAGUACAUACAGUACAUACAGUACAUACAUUACAUACAUCGCAUAAUAACUGCAUGUUAUUCUUAAUUGCUUAGAACACUAAAAAGUAAAUAGAAUGGUUAGGUCUGCUUAAACCAAUCAAUUGAAUCAGAGGUUAGAAAAUAAAAAAAAUGAUAAAUGUGUCCAGUUAUGCAAUCUUUCUAAAAUAUAGUUACUUGUAUCCUUUUUGGUUAAAAUCUCCUUUUUAGCUCACCUUGUCCAAAGGACUAAGUGAGCUUUUCUCAUCACUUGUCGUCCGUCGUCCGUCCAUCGUAGUCCGUUGUCGUCCGUUAACUUUUACAAAAAUCUUCUCCUCUGAAACUACUGGACCACAUUUAACCAAACUUGGCAACAAUCAUCAUUGGACAAUCUAGUUUAAAAAAUGUGUCCGAUGACCCCCGCCUGCCAACCAAGAUGGCCGACAUGGCUAAAAAUAGAACAUAGGGGUAGAAAGCAAUCAUUGUGUAUUAUUUUGAAAACCAUUAUAAAUAGAGAAAAUCUGACAGGGUCAGAAAUGUUCAGAAUUUUGAGUUUUACCAAUUGUCCAUUUUCGUCAAAACUGUCUGGGGACUUCUUUUAGGAGUUAUUGCCCUUAAAUGUCAAAUUUUACCAUUUUUUUUCAUUUUUGCCUAUUAUCUUGAAAUCUAUAAUAGAUACAGAUAAUCUUUAAACUGCAAAAAUGAUCAGCAAGACAAGAUCUACAAAUAAGUCUAAUGGUCGAAAUCGUAAGUCGACUCCUUAUUAGAGUUAUUGCCCUUUGAUGCAGAUUUUUACCAAUAAUUUGCCUUAUUUUUGCCUUAUUUUUUAAAAUUAUAAUAGAUAGACAAAAACAAGAUCUACAAUUAAGACAAAUGGAGAAAAUUGUCCGACGACUCUUUAUUGGAAUUAUUGCCCUUUAAUGACGAUUCGUACCAUUUUUUUUGCGUUGUGCCUUAUAUGAUAAAGUUAUAAUAGAUAAAUAGAAACUUUAAAUAACAAAAAUGAUCAGCAAGGCCAGAUCUACAAACAAGACAUAUUUUGCCAAUAUAGUUAGUAGACUGUCACUCUUUAUAGCAGUGAUUGUCCGUAAAUGAGGAUUUUUGUUACCCUCUUUAGUGUUGUGAGCAAAAACUAAAGAAGAUAGAGAGAAAUUAAACAGAAAAAACAAUCAGCAAUAAAAGAUUAAUAAAAAAGAGAUUUGUGUCAUGAAUUCUAUUCUCUUCUACAAUGUUGGAGAGUGUCCUUUGAUAAAUAUGCACACAGACCUAGGUGAGCGACACAGGCUGUUUGUAGCCUCUAGUUUAUGUCUUUUUGCAUAAAUAAGGGAUCAUUUUCAACGUCAACACUCAUGGCUUCUUUGAUGCCGGACAGAAGGUGUGGUUAUUAUUAAUCUGGUCUGAAUAAAUGUUGUUUACUUGGCAGAUGUAUUAUUUGCCAUUUGAUUUGUAUAAGUAGCUGUGAUAUAAAAAAGACUUUUGAAAUGUAUGAAAAAUAGCAAUUAAUUUUGGUUGACACAUCGCUGAUGAAGUCAAAACGGCUUUGUUAUUAUGUUAUGAGUUUCGUUUGACAGAUAUGUUAUUUUUACAAUUGUUAUUUUAUUAAAAAUGUUUGAAAACUUUAAA